AUGUUGACCUAUCUGGAGCUCACUGUUAUUCCUCUCCUUCUUCCGCUCUCGUAUGGCAUCUUCGCAGGUGUCCAACUCUACCUCUCCAGGCGUUCGUUUAUCAAAGCGCACGGUUGCAAAGAGCCACGAUGUAGAGUCCCCUUGAAAGACCCGUUCCUCGCAGUCGACUUCGUCUGGAAAACACUGCGGAACGCAAAGAAAGAUCGGUAUCUCGAAGGCACCCAAGAACGCUUCAAUCAAUACGGAACGACCUUUGCAGCCAAACACAUGCACUAUCCAACCAUCCACACCAUUGAGCCUUCAAACAUCAAGCAAGUCCUGGCCACUGGAUUCCAAGACUUCAAGCUCUCGAGUUUCAGAGUUGACGCAAUGGUGCCGUUGUUUGGUAGAGGCAUAUUCACCACGGAUGGCCGUCGCUGGAGUCACUCGAGAGCUCUGCUGCGACCGAGCUUUGCCAGACAUAAUAUGGAAAACCACCUUCCGUUCAUGGAGUCGCAUUUCGAGCAAAUGAUGAAAGCCAUCCCAACAGAUGGCUCAACAGUAGAUUUACAGAGACUUUUCUUUGCAUUCACGAUGGAUACUGCAACUGAGUUCCUGUUUGGUCAUUCGGUGCAUACGCUGCAUCAGAUGCAGCUGAGCAACAACAUAAUCCCUUCCGCAUCAGAUACCUCGGAUGCAGAAUUCGUGGACUCGUAUACACACUCCUGCAUCAACAUCGUCCACGACAUCCGCCUUGGUGCCCUCUCAAAGCUCCACUACAACCCGGAAGCCAAAAAGGCGCAGCAACGGACAUUUGCAUACAUCGACCGCUUUGUCGACGAAGCUCUCGCUCUCCGCAAGUCCACCAAGUCUUCUGAGUCUGAAGAGAAUUCCCAAUACAUAUUCCUCAACGAGUUAGCAAAGGAAACCGAGGAUCGAGAAGAGCUCCGAGACCAGAUUCUGAAUGUCCUCUUAGCAGGAAGAGACACAACUGCCAGUCUGCUCAGCAACAUGUUUUGGGAAUUCGCCCGGCAUCCUGAGAUUUAUGUUAAGUUGAGAGAAGAGGUCGCUGCUUUUGGAGGAAGAGAGCCAACGUACGAGGAGUUGAAGAAUAUGAAGUAUUUGAAGUACUGUCUGAAUGAAUCCCUCCGUCUUCGCCCGGUCGUCCCUGCGAAUACAAGAGAAGCGAUACGUGACACGAUCUUGCCACUUGGCGGUGGAGAAGACGGCCAAUCACCGAUGUUUGUCAAGAAGGGGACGCAUGUUUAUUAUAGUGUGUAUGCUAUGCAUAGGCGAGAAGAGUUCUUUGGGGAGAAGACGGAAGAGUAUAGACCUGAGAGGUGGGAGGGAUUGAAGCUUGGCUGGGAGUUCUUACCUUUCAACGGCGGCCCGAGAAUCUGUCUUGGCCAACAAUUCGCGCUGACCGAAGCAUCUUAUCUCACUGUGAGAAUGGUUCAGGAGUUUCCUCACAUCGAAGCCCAAGAUCCGAGGCCCUGGACUGAACUUUACACAAUGGUCGUUUACUCCAAAUAUGGAACUUUGGUAUCGCUUAGGCCAACUUCAAGUUGA